AUCAGCACCCUCCGGACCAGCGGUUGCCCUUACAACGGAGUAAGCUAGCUGCACGCAGCCACAUUGCGGUACAGCAUUUUCCGCGUUAGCGUUGGCUGUUUUAUAUUUUAUUGCCAGCCGAGGCAUAAUUUUAUCUAUUCCAGUUGAAAAGAAGAAACAGUCGCGUCUGACUCACACAAAGCCGCAGCGAUGACAGGCUCAAAUGAGUACAAGUUGAACCAGGGACCAGAGGACAGCAUCUCUGCUGUCAAGUUCAGCCCCAGCACAACCCAGUUCCUGUUGGUUUCCUCCUGGGACUGCACUGUCCGUCUCUUCGAUGUCGUAACCAACACCAUGCGGAUGAAGUACCAACACACUGCUCCAGUUCUCGACUGUGCUUUUUAUGACCCGACGCAUUCUUGGAGUGGCGGGUUGGAUGCACAAUUGAAAACUCAUGAUUUGAACACAGACCAAGAUACAAUAGUUGGAACACAUGAUGCCCCAAUUCGUUGUGUGGAAUACUGCCCAGAGGUUAAUGUCAUGGUAACGGGGAGCUGGGACAGAUCAGUUCGUCUGUGGGACCCAAGGACGCCCUGCAAUGCUGGCACCUUUACUCAGCCUGAAAAGGUGUAUACCCUCUCUGUGGCUGGAGACAGGCUGAUCGUUGGCACAGCUGGGAGACGAGUCCUGGUGUGGGAUUUGCGGAACAUGGGCUACGUACAGCAAAGAAGAGAGUCCAGUCUCAAGUAUCAGACUCGCUGCAUUAGAGCAUUCCCAAACAAACAGGGCUAUGUCUUGAGUUCAAUCGAGGGACGUGUAGCUGUGGAGUACCUGGACCCAAGCCAGGAGGUUCAGAAGAAGAAGUACGCCUUCAAGUGCCACAGGCUGAAGGAAGAAGGAAUUGAGAAUGUUUACCCUGUCAAUGCCAUCUCAUUUCACAGUGUUCAUAACACCUUUGCCACAGGUGGCUCAGACGGCUUUGUCAACAUCUGGGACCCGUUCAACAAGAAGCGCCUGUGUCAGUUCCACAGGUACCCGACCAGCAUCGCCUCCCUGGCCUUCAAUAACGACGGCACCAUGCUCGCAAUCGCCUCCUCCUAUAUGCACGAGAAGGGAGACAUCAGCCACCCAGAGGACGCCAUCUUCAUUCGCCAAGUCACAGAUGCCGAGACCAAGCCCAAGUCAACUUAAGUCCUCCUUGGACUGGUUCCCUCUGCGUAUGAAGCGUUCAUCACAUAUCGGGUUUAUCUGCUGGCAUCCAGUGUACCAUUACCAUAUUGUUUCCUGUCAUUUCUUUCUCCAGUGUUUGUUUAAAACUUUUCUUCACGCUUCUGACUAUUGUUAAAUAUUUCUUUGUUCUUUGUAUGUUCUGACAUCCAACUAUUGCUUUUUUGACUAAAACUGAUUUAUAUACACCCUUUGUCAUGUUUUCUUGGUCAUAUGACUCAAACAUUUUGUGAUUGUUUUUGUACACUUGCAUUUAAAAUGACACUCAAGCUGUUCGUGAAUCAGUCUUUAGACACUUGCUGUAUAAUAAACAUUUUUAUGUAAAACUUUGA